GAGAUUCUUAUGGUGACUUUUAGAAAACACUUAAAACGGAAACAAGACUGUAUUCGUUCUGGUGCAGGUAGGUCUACUUUGAUUAUACUACCUACUAAAGGGGUGCAUUUUUACUUGUCUGGGGGUGAUGUCCACAUCUAAUCAGAGGUAUCCAUAACCUCAAAAUCGAGUUGACUUGAAUUAUUCCAGACUUUUAAGGGAAAAAACAAGCAAAACCCAUCUUCAAACAGAUAAGGAAUAACAAAAGGUCGUCGAACAAAUAAGAAAAUACAAAUAAAUUAACCAAGCUCAACCUAAACCCUCAUAUUAGGCUUGGUCAAUUUAUUUGUAGUUUACCGUGUGUGAGACGGAAGUUUUGGGUUAUUUCUUGUUCUUACUCAAUUGUUUUUUGAUGGGUUUUGCUUGUUUUUUCCUUUAAAACACUACAAUUUUGAGGUUAUGGAUACCUCUGAAAAAUUUUAAUUAAAUGUCAGAAGUGCAAAUUACCCGUAAUUUCCGUUUUGGUGCCUACUAAUAUGUAUCUGAUGCAGCAAAUUUUUUUUUCAGCAACUGGAGAUAUCUAUCAACCAAACUGGUUUGCCUACCAGUUUAUGGAAUCUUUUCUUCUGCCAAUAUAUACAGCAAAAUCAGGCCUAAACUCUGAAAUGCAAUCAAGAUCAUCGGAAACGAGUUAUGAAGCAGAAGACACGGAAAAUCAUAUUAACUUGACAGUUCCCUCGACUUCUGCAGCUGAACAGCAAAUGGCGACAGCAUUUAGCAAUCUAACCAAUGUACUCAACCAACGGCAAGCAAAAUCUGAUGAAGAUGAAUGUGAUUUGUACGCCAGGCUUUUAGCCCACAGGAUGAGAGGACUUCCGAAAGAUGAGCAGAAACUACUUAUGUACGAAAUCGAUGGAUUAUUCAUCCAGAGAAUAAAAAGAAGACGGGAAUCACCAUCUCCUCAGAUUUCUGCUGAUUCUAGACCAUCAUCAGCAUCAAGUGGAUAUGUACUCAUAAACCGAGGAGAGAGAACCCCAACUUCAUUGCCAGUAACUGAAGCAAUCGAUGACAACAUAACUAUUUAUGUUGAUGAAAGUAACGCAUCAAACCCAAACAAUAACAAUAUAUUAAUAUAUCAUUUGUGAGAGCAUUUGAAGAUUUCAAGCAGUACAAGUGAAUAAAUAAUAUAUGACAUAACUAUUUAAAUAAAACAUUUUUAUAUACG